GGGUCAUCGACGUAGCCCAUGCAGUCGAGAGCAAAGUCAAACAUUCCAGACAAUCGUUUACUUGUCGUGAGCAACGCAAACAUUGAUCACUUUAAACAGCCUUCAAAAUGUCAACACUUAACCGUAAUAAUAUAGGAUGUGCUUAAUAGCUUUGCCAAGGAGUAUAGCUAGGCCUUUCCUAACAAAAUAGGCCGAAUGCUUUGAAUGAAUGCUUUGGAGUCAGAAAGGGAAUCGAUAUAGGAUACAGGUCUACUUCUUGGAUAGGUGUCUGUUUCUUCUAUUAAAAGGUUGUGUAUCCUAUCACGGACAUGAACUACAGAUUGCAAGCGGUGUGAGGAGGAAUUUUAAGGGAAAAUAUCGGGACAAGGGCGCUAGAUGCCUCAUGAGUACUCGUUUGGAAUCCCUGGAAGUGCUUUUGAUUGUCACUGGCAUCAUGAUGUGCUUCUAAAGACAAUUUGAAACUGUUUUUUAAUUGUUAAACGCGAGCCCCUGGAUUGUCUAUUUCUUCUAGUCCUAUAAAGGUCUGCUAUUAGAUAUCGGGUUAUUUGGAAAGUCGAGGGAACUAAUCGAAGAAGAGGAUAAUACAAAACGUCAAUUCACCACGUCAUCAUUAGCGAUCAAUACGGAAAACCAACUUUCGACUGUGAGUUUUUUUUUUAAAGGGUAGUGUGGUCACCCCUCAGUGCACACACGUGUCUGCGUUGUCUGUGAAGUCCUACGUGGAGCGGUUCUACACAACCUCACUCAAAUGCAAUUUACAAAAGGAAUUAGGCAACCGUUCUUUUCUUCCCAAAUUAUUGAUGAAUACUGAUCAUUUGUGUUUAUGCGGUUCCCCUACAUGUACCAAGUUAGUGUAAAAAGGUGUAAAUACCGUCACCCAGCUGUCGUAGACGCUUAUACAUAUACGGACUGAUAUGUCACCUAUUUUGUUUUUGUAUUAUUUAAGCAUCACGCAAUUUGAAUAUCAUCACCAUCAUCACUGACACCUUUAUAUCGGAUGACAAAUGGAUGUUGGAAGUCGGAAGUCUUGGAUCUGCUGGAAGAAUCCUAAGACAUACGGAUUUGGUCUAGAGGAUCUUGACCCCCUGUCGAUGAGGAGAAACCUGAUGAGGUGGUGUGCGUUGUGUGUGGUUGCCACGGUGAUGAUCGUAGCAUGGGAGACGGGUUUCUACAUGGCUUCAAUCACACAGGAAAGAGGAACAUCCAUGAAGUAUCAAAUAAGUCGAGCACACCGUGCCUCAGAAAAAGCGGAAGAUCCGAAAGUGGUUGUCGAACGCAAACAGUCCGAGCGACGCUCCACAUUGAGAAAAGAGUGCAAAUUAGCACAGAUGUCAAACACGGUAUCAGAAUACACAAUAAAACACAUGCUUGUUGUUGAAGAUUAUAAUCUCGUCUACUGUUUCAUCCCGAAAGUGGGAUGCAGCAACUGGAAGAGGAUUCUGAUGGUGCUUGACAAUCAAACAGACUCCGUCGACGGGCUAACGUCUGAUGAAGUCCAUAUAAACGGAAAAUUCAAAUUUCUGAUAACGUAUGGACCUGAAGAACGAACACGGAUUCUACGCGACUACAAGAAAUUCUUCUUUGUGCGACAUCCUUUUGAGAGAGUUCUCUCUGUAUUUAAGAAUAAGCUAGAAAAUGCCAAAGUUUAUCGCAACAAUCGACAUUUCCAUCGCUUUGGGAGAGAGAUCAUCAAACGUUGGCGGCUCGGCGCCAGCGAGGCCGAGCUAAUGACUGGUGAGAAUUCGACAUGGCCAGAGUUCGUACAGUAUCUGACCCACACCGAGAGACGACGAAGGUUCGAAAAGUCAGAUGUUUACUUCAGUGAUCACUGGGCGGAAAUGAACAAGAUCUGUUCACCAUGCGCCGUCGAUUACGACUUCAUCGGCCUCCUGGAGAACGUUGCUGAAGAGUCGAAAUACUUUCUAGAGAAAUUGGGAGUAAAUGAAAAGGUGACAUACCUCGGUGCGAAUACGAGUAGACCCACGAAUAGCUCAGAAGCGGGUGUAUACGAAGGAUACUAUACCAAACUCCCUCAAGAAGAUCUGAUCAAUUUGUGGGACAUAUUUAAGAAUGAUUUCACGUUCUUUGGCUAUCCAAAACCAUGGUUUAUACCCGAUUCGUGAAAAUGUUUUUAUUUAUCCAAAUUUGGACCAUAUUUAAUUCGUUAUGAUUAUUUACCAUUUUUACAUAAUAGUUUGUGGGUUGCGAUGCGAAUAAAAAUCAUUGGGAUCAUCAGGAAACACACUAAAUUAAUUAAUUAAUUUAUUUUAUUUUAUUUAUUUAUUUCUGCAUGGGUCAACAGUUUACAUAGUAUGAUCAUGGUCAUCACGGUAGUAAACACUAGAUUAAUGACGAUCAUAAGUCAUAUGCAAUUGUAAAUAAUACAGAAGCAUACAGAGUAAAUGGCAUGAUUUCAGGAGAACAGUGGAAGUCAUUCAUACUAGAUAUAAAAAAAAAUAACUAGGGACCCAGAAGUGAUCAUUGAGGAAGGCCGAAAAAUAUCAUUAAUCGUCAAUGAGACUCUUGACCAGUGAUCUGUGAUUCUAUGUAACAUACAUUUUUCUGUCGGUGCAGUAAUCACUGAACCACUCCAAGCCCUUUCAUCAAAUCCCAUAGUAGAAUAAUCUGUGCAGUAAAAUAUGGUUAUGGUAUCAAAAUCCUUGGGAAAAUCUAGGAAAACAUUAGCAGUAUGAAAUGCAUAAUUUAUAUAUGGGACUAAUUUGUCAAUUAACACGAGUAAAGGAUGAGUUGUUGAGAAAUUAGUAAGAAGCCUCACGUUAACUUUUUGUUAACUUUUACAGUAUAUCAGAAAUAAAUGUUAUAAGUGAAAUAAUGUGGUAGAGUACCGAAAUCUCGGGCGUUUCCUUUCUUACAAAUUUAAGUGACCUACGCAAAUGGCAAAUUGUUGAUACAUUACUACUGAGGUUAUCAAUAGAUUCAUGAUGAGUAGUAAUAUUAUUUCCCCAAUUAUUUGUUCACAUACAAACUUUUUUGUUCAUUAAAACUAUCCAUUAACCCUUACUGUAUAAUGGGCUAUUUUGACUAACUGGG